AUGGUUCUGCAGAGAGUUAUCCGUGCUGUCAUCAUGGGACCUCCGGGAUCGGGGAAAGGAACGGUGUCUGCGAGGAUUACCAAAAGUUUUGAGCUCAAACACCUCUCCAGUGGGGACAUUUUGAGAUCCAACAUCAACGCAAAAACAGAGCUGGGCCUGUUGAUGAAGUCCUGUCUGGACCAGGGUCAGCUGGUACCUGAUGCCGUCAUGUCUCGUCUUAUCCUGAACGACCUGAGGACAAUCGACAGCAGCAGCUGGCUCCUGGACGGAUACCCACGCACGGUGCCCCAGGCGGAAGCUCUGGAUCACGCGUACACCGUGGAUACAGUCAUCAACCUCGAUGUUCCUUUCCAGACCAUCAAAGAGAGGCUGACCUCUCGAUGGACUCACAUUCCAAGCGGCAGAGUCUACAACACAGAUUUCAACCCGCCGAAAGUUCCAGGUUUGGACGAUGUGACCGGGGAGCCUCUUGUCCAGAGGGACGACGACAGACCGGACACGGUCACACGGAGACUGAAGUCCUAUGAAACCCAAACAGAGCCUGUCUUAGAGUACUACAGGAGUAAAGGUGUGCUGGAGACCUUCACGGGCACAGAGACCAACAAGAUAUGGCCCUACGUUGAAGCGUUCCUCCACAGAAAAUUCUCCUCUCUCAGUCAAAGAGCGGCUUAG